AUGAAGGUCAAGAAGCUGUCGAUUUCGAAAAACAUGACGUCGCCGAAUGUGGAAAUUGGAGAUAAAGGAGAGAUCUCUGGAGACGGUUUGGCGUUGGCGGGCGUACAAAUUGAGCAAGAUGCUGCAUAUUGGGAGUGGCACAUAAAGUUACCGUCGAAAACUCAUUGUGACACAAUUAUGUUCGGGGUAACGAGUAAGAAGAAUAGGGGUUUCUAUGAGGAGCUAGAGGACAAAAUACUCGGAGAGGAAGGAGUUUCCUCACAACACACUGGUACAAAUUGGAUGCGAAAGGUAGAAGUUGAAAAUGGAGACGUGGUUGGUGUCGCAGUUCAGCAGUCUGAUCUUCCAAUGGUCCAGUUUUAUUUGAACGCCGAGCCACUGCAUGAUAGAGCUGUGAACCGAUUCCGAGGAACCGUAUAUCCUGCUGUUUGCCUUCCGAAAUCGGUAAGCGGUAGACUCAAGGUUCAUCUAGUUUUGGAAGAAAGCAACUUCAAACAACGGAGUCCAGGAGAGCGCUUUGGACCAGUGAUUGUAGCACGAAGUAUCGUAUAA